UUGACUGACAGAUCCAGAGGCGACAGAGUUGGGCUGUGCUUUGGCUCAGCCUCUGGUCCAACAGAUUAAAGCACAUCGUUGAGUGGGUCCCUGUGCAGUCAGUCGGCAGCUCACACUGCACAGCCACUUGCCCUCAGGGACCAGGCGAGGACCGAGAAAGCUCCUUCUUUUAUUUAAAUUUUUCUUUAGUUAUUUAUUGAUUCACUCACUCACUCACUCAUUUCGUUUCGUUCCUUUCCUUCCCUUCUGCAAACCGUGGAUCUAAAACUGGAGGAGAGGAGAGGAGAGGAGAUGGCGCUCUCUCAGGUGCAACACACACUGUUCAUUUCACUGCUGGUGUCGAUGUCUCUAUUCACUGGUCUGGGAUUAUCCGCUUCGUUGGUGAAGAUGUCUCCCACCCAGUGGGUUGCAAUUGGCAAUCCCGUUGUACUGACCGCUAGUUUCCAUCUGAAUCAACAGCAGAUCCCACCCUUCUCUGUGAACUGGCAGUUCCAGUCAAGCGGAACACCAGGCAUUGUGUUGAUAUAUUCAGCGGAUAAGGUGAUAUUGGGCUCUGAGUAUCAAGAUCGUGUUGGCUUUGUGCAUAAAAUGCGAAGCACUAAUGUUUCCAUCUAUCUGAACAACACAAAGCUUAAGGACUCAGGUCAAUAUACUUGCACAGUAUCUGUUCCUGAUCUCAGUUUAGUGGACUUGUCUGUGACCAACUUGUCUGUGCUGGUUCCUCCCUCGAUCCCGAAGUGCAGCACCAAUGGAAAUCAUCACGUAGGCAGCAAUGUGACACUGACCUGCGGGUCCGCAAAGGGUGACCCCAAGCCCAUAUACACCUGGAAACGUAUCUCCCCCAAACCACAGACGUUCUUCCCUUCUCACAAUCGUGACAAGGGAACAUUUACUUUGACCAAUGUCACUAAAGAGAUGAGUGGGCUGUACUCCUGUAAGGCAGGAAACAAAGCGGGGAAUGCAACAUGCUUCAUCCAAAUGGACGUGACUUAUCCCGUUAAGUUAGGGAUGAUUGUGGGGGCAGUGGUCGGGUUAAUCAUGGCCGUCUGUCUGGUUUUCCUCACCGUCACUUGUUACCACAUGUAUCAGAAGAGGAAGAAGGCUGAGAAAGAGGAAGAUAGAGCCAACGAAAUCAAGGAGGACGCACAGCCUCCAACAGGCAACACCUGGGCCAAGAACAACAACUCCAGCAUGAUCUCCAAAAACGGCACCCUCUCCUCAGUCACCAGCACUCUGCGCAGUCACAAGCCGUUCCCCACCAUGCCUGCCUCGGACACCGCCUCGUCCAGCACCGUCGUGGGGGGAAAACAGCUCCCCAACACCGGCCGGCAGUACAGCCCGUCGUCCAGGAGCCCUUCCACUAAAUCCGCCCCGCGCUACGCUUCCACCAAGAGCGCCUACGGCCCCACCGGCCCACCAGGCCCCCAGUGGCAGAAUGGAGCCCAACCCCAGACUGGACCCAGGCAAGCGCCAACGCUGCCCUCAAUGACUCUGUCCAACCUCAGCAGAAUGGGGGCUGUGCCAGUCAUGGUGCCCGCCCAGAACCAAGCCGGUUCCUUGGUGUAGCGCCCACCAAUCGACCCGCAGUCCAGGGAGUUGGACUUAUACUGGAUUCUGUAGCUGGUUGACCAAAGGCAAGGUUGUUUUUUUUUUCAGGGUCCGAGCACACCUAUGAAUGUUUUUCUUUGCAUUUUUCCUUUGACGCAACAACUUUUUUCACGUCGUCGAGACGUCUCAAAGCGCUUCACAGACUGUA